GGUGUAUCCCUGUUUUCCGGAUGGAACACCCUAGUUUCAUUGAUUUGGGUGAAAAACUUAAAUACCUUCUGCGACCUAGAGUCGACCGCAAUGGCUGUGAACUAGCGCGUCCCAACAUAAUCAUCGUUUCCCUCCCAUCCUACCUCGGGGUUGUGGGCCCAGAAAGAUACAUGAAGGAGUUCAUAAGUUUUAAAAAAUGGAUUCAGGAAUACAUUACUAGCGGGAGAGAUUUCGACACGCGGAAUACCAAGGUUUUUAGAUCCUAUAACGGUCCCGUAGAAGUCUACGAAGGUUUCUCUCUCUUUGUAGAGGGAGAUUUUGGACUUUCAGAGUCCUACGCGGUACUUAAUCGCUCCAUGAGCAUUAACAAUGCAAUUGAACCAUCUCAAAAUCCCGGGUUUUUGUUCGAUACUUACCGCGAUUUCGUCUCGAAAAUUAACAAUUCGCAGCCGAGGACUGGAAUGAUCGCAUAUGUCAGUGUCCCUCCUGCAAGAGCAGAUUUUCCGGUAUAUGAGGAGGAUUUAUUAUACCCUGGUAUUCCAAUCGGAUUUCAAAACAACAACGGAUCCAUAUCAGAAUCAAUUUACAGCGGGUUUAAUUGUGAAAUUGCGGAAAAAAUUAGAAGGAGAUAUACCGAACUCGGGAAUGCAAAAGAGCUGCAUACUCUACCACAACCCCUUGAUUUCGUUAUCAAAACUCACGAUGAACUUUCAGAGCAGAUGUUUUUGUUUGAAAAUAUUCUCCCCUUUCCGGAACAUCAAGAUGACUUGCGACCGCUAGUCCACGUAAUAGGCCAUUCAAACAUGAGAUUUUUAACUGAAGAGCUGAAAACUGUACUCGACGGUGAGUUGAAGUUCACAGAGUACACCCCAAAACUUGAUUCAAACAAAACUGAGAUUGAUUCUUUCUUUUCCAAGUUGAGCCUUCAAGAGUCAGAUACAGUUGUCUUCUCGGGAUUAUCAAAUAUGCUGCUCCAAGGUUGUGAAUAUGUACGGUUCCAUGGAAUUAAGCCAACAGGUUUACCUGCUCGGCAUGAAAAAGAAAAAUUAUCCCGUGGUUCCGUCCAUCAUCUCAUAUCCGUUGCACCUUAUGACGCGUCAUAUUUCAAUUUGUUUGCAACGCACAUGGAACAUAUCACUGACGGAAGGUUCAACCAUUCUAAAGCAAGGUUUAUUAAUAUACUUCCCUUGCCCCGUUAUCAGGAUAAAUGUUGUGAUAAGGCAGGACAUUUCGAUGCAUACUAUGACGGAGGUGAUCUUUGCGCCGAAAUUCUGAGACUUGGAGUCUAUAUGUCAAGGUUAACAUGCAACAAGUUUGCAAUAUGCAUAACUCCAGAGGAUAUUUGUCCAAGGGAUAACUGGGGUAUCCGCGGUGAAAUGGUUGGCAAAGAUCUUGUCCACUUGACUGAAACUGGAAUUAAAUUGUUAACUGAAGUAACGCAUAGAGCAAUUCUGAGCUUGGAAUACAUCCCUCCCCCCACCCCCGAAUCCAGGAUGGACACUAAUUGCCACAUCCCUGCAGGUCUUAGUUUUUCCGAAUGGGUGUUAUACUUCCGAGACGUGUGUGGUUAUGAUUCUAUCAAAGCCACUAGUGCUUCGAAGCGCAAACACCAAUUCAAUGGGGUAAAACCUACAGCAAAAAAGCGCUGAUCGGGUACACUCUGUAUUGACAACAAGAGCUAAUAGAAAAACCCACUCUCAGUUGUGUGUCUUUUCCCUACAUAUGAGGUGUCAAAUCCGCUUUUACUCCUUCUUUUCCAAUCCAAAAUUUCCAAAAUUUCCAAAAUUGCCUAGAAUCUGAUCACCUACAAGUCCUAUGCAUAACCUGUUUCCGAGAAAAAAAAUUAUCUAAAAAUAGCAUUUAAACAUUUGUGAACAACCAAGACUUCUCUCAAUACAAGAAAACUUUUUAAACAAAAAAAAUAAAAAAAAUGCUACUGGCAAGAUCAACCAGAUAUUGCAUAAGCACUAAUUUGUGUGAUUUCAUGAACUACCUAUUGAAGCAAACCAAAAAACUACAAACCGUUAAACCGAAACCUGGAAGCUAGCGGAUCUCGGAUCUCGGAGCUGACGGAUCUCAGAGCUGCACUUCUCAACGGAAAAAAUAACGUUAAACUGAUACCUGGAGGAUAAAUGAGUGGCGAAACUCAGAGGAUCUGGCGGAUCCCAUAGCUUCACCUCUCAGCGGAAAAUAACGUUAAACUGAAACCUGGAGGACGAAUGAGCGGAAAACCUCAGAGAACCUAGCGGAUCCUACAGCUUCAUCACUCAGCACAUAAUAAUGUCUGUGGAAACUGUAACGCCUCCUGAACCGUCAAACCUCACCGCCGAGAAAUCAUGAUGUCUCAAGAAGAGGAGAUAACUACGCUACAUCGAUAUCUCUAAAUCCUUGCACAUAAACGUGCACCAUACCUUGCUAUACCUUGAUGAUUUGAGAGAAAUGAAGAGGAUCCAAGGAUCCCUAAAUCCAAAUUUCUAAUUAAAG